AUGCCUUGCCUUCGUCCGAUGAAGACGACGGAGACAAGCCUGAGCGGCAGCGGCCGGCGCGACCUCGGCGCCAAGCCCUCCGACGACGACGAAGCCUGCGUGGACUGUCUGAGCGCGCUCCCCAACAGCGUCCUGCUCAGCAUCCUCGCGGGUCUCGGCGACGCCGCCGCCGCUGGUCGGACCAACGUGCCCUCCAGGCUCCAGCAGCUGACGCUGCUCCCGGACCUCCGCGUCGUCCCUCUCUCCCCCGAUCCCGGUCUCAUCGCGUCAGCGCUGGCCGGCCACGAAGCGGAGCUCAGGCACCUGAAGAUGACCGGUGACGACCCAGGAGGCCAGGACGCGCGCGGCCCCCGAGCCCGUGGUGGUUAUUGUUCAAGGGUUUUAAAAUUUGACUGUUGA